UGGUGAUCCGGGUCCUUGGAUAAUUCUUAGCUUUGAAUCUACCCGAGAUACCUUUAAACCCGCGAUCUGCAACGAACCAGUCAAGCAAGCUCACUCACUGAUCCGACUACUACUGUACCUGCACUAGAGCCUCGACGGUCGCUCAGACCAUACCCCAACAGCCCCGCACCUCGGCGCAGCAAAGAAAGCAAAAACCACCUCGCAACAUGGGCUCCAAGAAGCGCAGCUCGGCCUCAGGUGAGACUGGGAACGCCACUGAUGCUUCUUCCUCUCGCAGCGGUCAACCAUCCCGUAGCCUCAGAAGGAGAGCGGGCGACAUUGUGAACAGCCUCAAUCCAACGGGCGCUGGCAAGGGCCCUGAUGUGAUGCAGCAGCUCGCUGAGAUUCCCUUCAACGCCGAGGCCUUCCUCCAGGCGAAAGCCGCUCAGGCCAAGGCGCUGGAUGCCGAGGCCAGUGAGACCGGUGAGGGCGAGGAUGUUGUUGAGGUUGAGUAUGAGGGGACUCGUCCGUACGUUCCGACGGUUCACGCUCAUCUCAAGGGCGUUGACAAGGUUUGCCGAAACGGGGAAUGGUCGAAACCGCUUCAACGCUUCUUGACGAGGCUUCAACUCGGUUCAAACAAUCUCAGCGUCAUUUAUGACUCAGAUCUUGAAAAUGUGGGGAUCGAACCUCCCGAGGAGACCGAGUCUUGGGUCGAACAGAGUGAGCCUUCCAAAUUCGCAGGCCACGUCUACAGAUUCCUUGGCCGUCAGUGCCGAUCCGCCUCUUCAGAUCGACAUCUCUAUGUCCUCUAUCACCCCGAUGCCGAAUGGCAUGCCGAUUUCUACGACCUGCUGCAGGACAAGCCUCUGCCAAGCAACUUCCUUGGCUUCUCCGAUAAUCUGGAUGCUCUCGUUGCCUUCGUGAGGUUCAUCCGAAAGCGCCUCGGAAAGCGCGCCAACAACGCAAUGUUCCACCUCCUCAUCCCCUCGUCCCGACCCAUGUCCAUCAGAGACGCUCUUGAGUUCCCAGAUUUGGGUGAUCUGGUCAUCCAUGGUGAGACUCACGGCGGUAACAACUACGUCUGGGUCAAUCUACCCACUUCCGACGACUACCCGGCGAACCUGCUUCUGAAGCAUGUUGAAAACGCCGUCCGCGGUGAGAGCGAAUGGAAGACGACAGCGACAGUCAGCACAGCCAUAGGAGGAUUAACGGCAUCACUGGCCGGCGCGGCUUUCACUCUCAGAGUCAAGGGAGCACCCUUCCCAUCCCUCAAGACCUUCGGAAUCGGAGCAGUCUGCACCACCAUAGCCGCCCGAAUCAGAGGCGCAGAGUACCUCCCUCUAGCAGUCCUCGGAAUCGGCGGACUCUGCACCACGAUAGCAGCAUUGCAAGUCAACAGAGGCCUGAGCAAGCGCGUACCCAGACUUAUCGGCGGCACCGACACACCCAAGGAGCCCAAGGCAGAGCCCGAGAAGGAAGAUUCAGCAGCCAGCGAGCAAGACGAGAGCAAGGACGAAGCCCCCCAAGAAUCAGAUGUCCUCCCCGAGCCAGAGCCGCCAGCUGUUCCAGAGGAGCCAUCCAAGAUCAAAGACGACUCGGACGCUCUGUCUUUCGUGAGCAAGGCCUCGAGCACGAGCAAGUCUUCGAGCAGCAAGAAGCAUCGACGAAGUGAACGGAGUGAGCGAAGUGAGCGAAGUGAGCGCAAGCGCAGGGAUAAAUAAAGUAUGGGAAAAGAUAUAGGGUUGGAAAGACAGAACAAAGUACAAAGUACACUGACAGACAGCUGGACUUUUGAUGGUGUAUUUUUUGUUUUUCGAUUUGAAUGCGCUUCGAGUGCUGUUUUUUGCUCAGUCUUUGGUUUUCAUGAGUUAGAAAAACGCACGAAAGUAGAAAUAUAAAUUGAAGACCUCUACUUGAAACGAGGCUGUUGAGUUCAAGCAAUCCAUAUUUCAUCUGAUUAUGAAGGGGCUG